GCGGCGGCGGCACGUACCGCCUGCCUGCGGGCCCCUGAGACGGCUCGUCCGCCCUGCCGCGGUCGGCGCGUGCUGCUGCGGCCUGCCGGGACGCCGCGCUCGGAGGUGAGGAGGAGCCGUGCCUUGGCCCGAAGGUCAGCGCUGGCAGCAGGGAAGGUGGAAGGAGUCACUUCAGUGUAGCUGUGUGUAUCAAGAGCACGAACCUCUGCAAGGGCUGCUUUCACCAUGAACAGUGAGCAAAAUAACUACUGCACAAGUUGUAUGUCGGGGCCUUGGCUAUUUUGCAGGAGUAUGAAGAGCUGAAGUAAGUAACAGGCAUUCAAGGUCACCAAGGAGGAAUUCCUCGAGGGCAAGAGGAUUAAGAAAUUAAGAUAAGCAGAAGUCUGUGAGCACUUACAGGACGUGCAUCCAGAAAGGGAGUCAACACAGCAGCCAGUUAGAAACUGAGCAGAUGCGCGUGGACAAUGCUAGACAACCAAUAGAAAUGCUUUGCGAGGCGCGUGGACGCAUGAGCUUGCUGGAAAAGAUAUAUAAGCUAGAUAGACAAAGGAAUAAAGUUGGAUUGAACUUGCAUCACAUUGAUGUGUGUGUUCCUUCCCGUCUUGCCAAUAAUGGGCUACGGCAUCUGGUGACCCCGACGUGAUCCUCAGAGACCAACUGGGGUAAGGAGUGGAGCCGUAAGCGGGCAAGGAUCCUGCAUAGCCAGCGACCGUAGCUGGGCGCCCGAAGAAAGGCGGAUUGUGGCCACGACUGACUGGUGAGUCAGGGAAGCAGGAUGGGGGUCUCUGCAUCAGUGAUAGAGCAAGCUGCAAUAGAGAGCCUGUUGAGAUUGGUUCGGAAAACAGACACCCAGAUAACGAAGUCGGACCUAACUGACUUAUUACUGUGGUGCCGAAGAAAAGGGCUUAUAGUAGAAGCUCCACAGGUAUACAAGCCGGAAGCAUGGGAACGAGUCGGAAAGGAACUGUGGGAAAGUGUGCAAGUGGGAUCCAAGGAGGCGCGGUCGUUGGCAAAGACUUACCGACCGGUCCGACUGAUGCUGGAACAGCUGCACGGGGAAGCGGCUGUUGCCGCCGCCAUUCGCUGCACCAUACAAUGUACUGGCGAGGAGCAUGAAGGCUCAGGAGACUCAGAAUGGACAGCUGUGAGUGGCUCGGGACCUCAGUACGAAGAGGUGCCUGACGAUGAUGAUCUCAAGUGUCGCCUGCGUGCCUGUCCUGUGUCAGUAGCCGAAAAGGAGGCUUGGGGGGAAAUAGACGAUGAUUUGCCACCCUGGGAAGGGGAGGAGCAUCCGGCACCUACCGCUCCCCCGGCGGAUAUGGACACUGAUCCAGUAAAGGUCCCGCUGCCGGAUGAUGAGCCAGGGGACCAAGGGCAGCUGAGAGAGAUUCGUCAAGAGCUCCGUGGCCAAGCCGACAGGAUGACUGCCUUGUUGGACCAGAUGAAGCACCUUGAUCGGGGAUUGGGACGAAGGGACAUACAAGCAGCGUAUAAGGCUGCUCUUGACUCAGUCGUAAAGGGGGUAGAGAACAUUGAACGACAGAUCGACAAAUUUGAGUCAGGUCGGGCGGCAGGCUGUAGGGCGGGCCGCGGGACAAAAGGGGUAAAUCCGGAUGGGGUGAACCGGCAGAAACGUUGGCUGCGGAGAAUGGUGGAGGAGGGAGAAAUGAUGCUGGAUGAGGCACAAAAUUAUUUGCAAUCUAAGUUCGGGGCGGAUGGGUGUUUCAGCAGGCAGGAAAAAGAGGAAAUGCUUGAGAUACAGCGGCAGCUUGGAGGCACGGGGGAAGAGGCCCGAGAAGGGGAAGGGGUGUUGUCAUGGUUGCAAUCGGUGGUGCGUGGCAAGGACAGGGAACUGUUAGGCUCUGCAGGAAAGGAAGGCAAAGACGAGGGUGCGGCGCCACCUCGUGACCCGAAUUUCAACCCUGUUACGCGUUACAAGGGCCUUAUAGAGAAUGCUAAGUUGGAGGGAGAGUUUCUGUUCACUCCUAUGGCCAUGCCAGUUAUACCAAGAGUGGACGGACCAACAUGGGAACCAAUAGAUUGGAAACUAGUUCAGAGGCUGCAGGAAACAGUUUUGAAGUAUGGGCAUGAGAAUAAAUUGGUGAGGUAUCAAAUUACUGCGUUGUUUAAGUAUACCACACUUGUACCGGCAGACACUAGGGCAGUGAUGGAGCUUAUUUUGUCAUCAGCCACUUUCAUGUUGUGGAUGGCAAAAUGGCAGGAAAGGCUGGAGGAAAAGCAAAUGAAUAAUUUGAACCUACGAGGAGAUGAUCCUCUGUGGGCUGCCAGCUUGGAUCAGUUAAUGGGAAAUGGUCAAUAUAGGGAUCCAGCAGUGCAGGCAGCUUUACACCCUAGAAUCUUGCAGCAAUCUAAGAACGCAGCCUUGGCGGCGUUCUUAGCACUGCCACAAGUGGGUACCCCGCAACUACCAUACAGCAAGAUUACACAGAGACCUGAUGAGACAUUUUUUGGAUUUGUUGAUCGUUUGAAGGAUGCUCUUGACCUCGCACCGAACAUUCCCCCAGACAUGAAAAUGCUGCUAGUAAAAGGAUUGGCGGUGCAGAAUGCCAAUAGGGUAUGUAAGCAGUUGCUUGCGGCAUUGUCCCCUGGGGCAUCCAUCACUCAGAUGAUAGAGACCUGUGCCAGAGCACCGUUAGUUGAAGAGGAGCAAAAGGCAAAAAUACAUGCCACUGCAUUAGCCGCAGCGUUAAAAGAAGGAAGAGUGAUGGGUAGGGGGGACAGGGGUCCGAAAGGCGCCUGUUAUCAAUGCGGAAAGGUGGGUCACGUGAAAAGAAACUGUCCGGAAAGGUCGAAAGGGCAGGGUGGAGCGCUAACUGGGAACCCAAAGGGAUUUAAUGGGAAGUGCGGCAGGUGCCAAAAAUUUGGGCAUAAGGCAAUUGAGUGCCAUUCCAAGUUUAAAAAAGAUGGGACUCCGUUGCAGGGAAACGGGAACAGCCGCGUGGUGAGGGACACGGCAAACAAAUAUCCCCCGCCCUACCAGACCAUGGCUGCCUCCACGAGCUGGCCUCAGCCACAAGAGGCAGCGCAGGAGUCAAUCUGGCCGUGGCAGAAUCCACAGUAAUUAAAGAUGAUAGAGUGCACGUAUUAAGAUCGAUGUGCAACGGGCCACUCGGGGGUGGGUUAUCAGCUUUGCUAAUUGGUCGAUCAUCGGCGUCAAAAAUGGGAAUUUUCGUUUUGCCAGGAUGCAUUGAUGCAGAAUAUAUGGGAAAUAUUGGAAUUAUGAUGAAGGUGUUUGCACCUCCAAUCACCAUACCAGCAUUAAGUAAAAUUGCCCAAUUGAUUCCGUUUCAGGCCACAGUUUUCAAUCCCGGACAGGCAAGUCGUGGUGUGGGAGGAUUUGGUUCAACUGGGAUGCCUCAAGUUGCAUUUUGUGAAAAGAUUACCGCUCAGCAUCCAAAAAGGACCGGGAUAGAACUACGUGGAUACCAGCCAAGUGGGUGCGGCCGUGGCUGACAAAGGAGAAAGCCGAAACAACAAAGGCGUUAAAGGGUGCUGAGGCAAACCCAGAAACAUGAAGGCGCAGUGAGCUUGGUGGCUGGGAUUAACUGGCGUGAUUCAUGUAUGGUCAUUAACGAAUAUCAGUGAGAGAGAAAACAUAUGGGUAACCGUAGCUAAUACAACAGGUCAGAAAUCAUUUUGCUUGAGCCUACAGAGACCAGGAGAUCCAUUUCGAACUUGUUUAGUGGGAGUGCCCGUGUGGCAACCGGGGGAAUUUCAAGGGUUUAUUGGAAAUGAAACGUGUCUAGACUUUACUGCGGUCAACCAGACGUUGACCACUCCGGGUUUGACUGAUACACAAAGGGAUGGUGGGUGGCAGUGUGAGAUUAUAAAACAGCUGAACUACACAUUGAAGUCACCCCCAGAAGAAUUAGAUUUAUUAGGAUGAGUAAAUGCUACAAAUGGCAUGAGGAACGGAGGAUGGGUGCAAUUUGAGCCCCUACAGACAGAACUUAACAUGCCCAGUAGAACAUGGGCGUCAGUCGAGUCAGGACUGAAGUCAGACAAAGUAACGGAACAGACAUACUCCAACUGCAAUCUAACUGAUCAGCCAGCGCGGCGAUUGCCGCCCGGAAUCUUUUUGGUCUGUGGAGACAGGGCAUGGAACGGAGUACCAGCAGGACCGAAAGGGGGACCGUGCUAUUUGGGGAAGUUAACAUUAUUUCACCCAAACGUGUCGACAGUGGUGCAGUGGGUGGAUAGCCAAAGGAGCCGUCAGAAGAAAAGAGAAUUGCAUCAAUUAGAUUGUAGCAAGGUGGGAGACCCAAAAUUGUGGAGUGACCUGAGAACUCUUUUAAUGAGCAUGGUUUUCCCCGGGGCUACAGCUGCGCGGGCAAUGACAACGUUGAAGCAGUUAGCUUGUUGGACGAAAAAUGAACUUAACAUGACUUCCGACAUUCUAGAUCAAUUAUCUCAAGACGUAGCCAGCGUAAAUCAUGCAGUAUUGCAAAAUAGAGCAGGUAUAGAUUUUUUAUUAUUAGCGCAUGGGCAUGGGUGUAAAGAGUUUGAGAGAAUGUGUUGUAUGAAUUUGUCUGAUCAUUCGGAAUCGAUUCAUAAGAGAAUAAAGGAAACACCUGUUUCACUCGUAAAAUUAAUGGUGAUACUCUGAAUAGCCAUCAGGUGGCAGCAUAGGUGUGAAAUAACAGUAGCUGCUUUGUGUAAUCACACGGCAAACGUUCUCCCAAGUUAGUAAUGUUUGGGUUUUCUUUUAUAUAAAAAUCCUUAGUCUAUUGCUGUUAGACACACAGACGGCACAUAGUAGCAAAUCAUUAUUAGAUUAAGGACCAACAUGAAACACACAACGUACACUGUUUUGGGAAUUUGUCAGAAGCAUGGUAUUGGUAGAGUCUUGGGUAGAGUUGGAGAAAAGCUGUGCUGCAUCGAAUAGCUGGGGCAAGUGUGUGAAGCCAUAGCUAGAACAGUAGAUGAUUUUACUAGGAGUGAAUUUGGAGGCUGUCUGUCUGAAGGAUACAUGUUUAUGAUAAAAAGAAACAUAUGAGUUACUCUGAAUAUUAUUCAGGUUGUUAUUUUCUCAUUUAUGUGUACAUCGUUUUUGCAGAAAGCUGUCCAUUGUGCUUCUACACCUGGCUUAGUGUAGUUGGCUCUCAGGAAGUUUCUGUCCCGCAGCCUCGUCCAGUUCUACUGAACUCAGUCUCCACGGCUGGAGCUCUUAGGAGAUUAGCUGAGUACUUUUGGACUAAAAUAUUUAUAGGUGAAUUGUAUUUCUUGGUUAUGUCAAUCCUUUUAAUAUAAACAGCACUCUGUUGUAAAAAUUUUAAAUUGUAAAUAUUGUUAAAUAACAAAGAGAAAUCCACCUACUUAUCUAUUUCUUACUUGCCAUAUGAUCAACUGAAGUUAUACUUAUCCCAGAAAAUAUGUACAGCUAGCAUAUAGACAGUACUGUUUUCUGGUAGGUAUGCAUGGGUCACAUCUACACUGAUGUUUUCUUCUUGGUGCAGAUUUACUUUACUACUGUGUUUGGAGUCUUGUUUCUGUGUUUGGGGUCUUGCAGAAGGCACUAGAGCAUACAACUGUUGUGCUCAGAGAGGCUUCUGUCCUCAUGAACCAAGGCUGAGGUUGCACAGCAGGGUGCUGCUGCAGCACUCUUGCAGUGUGGACGUGGGGUCAUUAGCUCUGCUCAUAUGCUCUGCCUACUGAGUACUGGCAGCUGGCAUGAGCUUUGUCACUAGUGAAGAUGUAAUGUGGAUUUGCCAUCCUGGAGCCAUACUAAAUCGCAGCGUAUCAAACCUUGUUUUUUCCCCUCCUUCCACCACAUCAGCCAGCAAUGUAGGCUUACCAGUGGGAGGUGGCUGUAACAGGAUGAACGUAAAUUUGAGGAAUAUCCAUUACUGCAUCAGCAAAGGCACUGCAAGUGAGCUGACAAAUCAAAAAAGGGCUCUAAUUGUUGGAGACAUCUCUAAUAUCUGAUCUAUAGCUUUAGUUAUUGAACUUUAAUUGUUUUGGACUUAACAACCAAGGUAAAAAUAGCAGUAUAGGUGUUUAUCAGAAGCAAGUAGGUGGUGCCAAUUCCAUAAUAUAUUUAGUGAAUAAAGCAGUGAUUGAUAAUUGACACGUUGUUCUGAAGAGCUCUUAUGAUUGUGCUGGACUAUUAAUAACACUUUUUGUCUUCUGCAAAAGAAGACACUGUUACUUUAAUGGACUUGAAAAACCUUGAAAUUGAUGCCUGCAGUGUAGAUAUUUUGAAAGCACAUGGUUGUAAUUUGUUAAGAGCUGGCUGUGAAGAAGUUACUGCCAUAAAGCUUGAAUAGGGACUAGCGUGGUGAUUUUGUAGAGGUUUUAAAAAUGUAUAUUGGUUGGAGGUUGCCAACCUUUUACUUCAUUCUUAUUGUUCCUGAUUUUUAUGUUGCUUUGAUUGCUCUUCUUGGUUUACUGAAUGUAAAGUGGAAGCCACAGCCAUGACAAUGGACUCAGUGACUAUAAAAACAGAUCACCGUAUCUGAAAGAUAUAUUUAAAACUAUGGUCAACUUGGUAGAAAAAUUCCCUAGAAGCUAUAGAACUAAUCUGGGAAAACAUACCCACAGGAAAAUUCCACAUUUUGCAGGAGGUGUGUACACCAUGCUGUACAGGCUCACAGGCUGCAAAAACUUUUGAGUUACUAUAUAAAAUAUUAGUUUAGACUCAUGCAAAACUUCUUACAGUAGACUCCAUCAGAGAAGUGCUAAGUUAUAAGUUUCCAGCAACCUUCUUCAGACUGAAUGAGAGAAACAUGCUUUCGGUUCUCUACAUUCAUAUCUUCUUGACUUUAAAAAUCUUUCUUUUUAUGCCUAGCUUAAAUAAGCAGUUUUAAAACUCAGAAGGAAUAAAUUGGGCACACAGAAAAGAAUCCCCAGUAACCUGCUGAUGUUGGCAGUUAAUCAUGAUUGAGUUAUCUUUCAUGCUCAAAGAAGAACUAGACUGUAAAAAAUUUAUAAUUGUUAUUUUCAUUCAACAAUAAGUAAGGUAAGAAUUAAGAUUCUCCAAGGGUGCAGUCAUCACAAAGCUGAGCUCCAAAGGUAGAGAAAUAGAACGUGAGUCAAGGUAGAGGAAGAGAAUGUGAGUCAAAACAAAUAAUGAGAUUAUAAAAAUUCUUUAAAUUCUUCCAUAGAAUAAUAUGUCAAGUUCUACUUACUGCAUCAUAAAAAAGUCAUUGAAGCAGUGCAGGCAGAGGGGGUAAAAUUUUUUUUUUUGAAUACAGUUAGGCAUACAAACAGAUACAUAAUAAAAUCUAUGUAGAAAUGAGAGUUGAAUUGAAAUGUAGAAAUGAGAGUUGAAUUGAAAUAUAUAAAAAUGUAAAUGGAUUAAACAGAGCAAGGUUUUGAAGGUUUUUUGGUAUCAGGAAAAAAGUUUGACAUCAGUGAAAAUUAGUGGGUGAUAACAAGUACCAGGGAGCCCUUUAUACUGUCUUGGAAAAAGAGACUUCUGUGGAGAAAGAGGUUGUUUCUUAAAACAAACAGAACACCCACCGAAAGCUAUAUUGUAAACUUAUUUUCUGUAUAACAGCUUGGAAAACUUAGUUUUAGGCUUUAUGCUUUCAUAGUAGUAUUCACAUUUUAGGCUACUGUCAAAAUUAAAUUUCACUUUCAAAGAUUUACAGGUGAAUUUAAUUUUAAACAAGACAAAUUUAUUCUUAGCAUAGCAUUCCUUCCUCCUCACUGUCCUGGGAUGAAAAAAAAAUUAGUAAGAAUCAAAAGGAAUCAGAUGUUUUUGAGUAAGAAAAGAGUUUUAUUUUAAGCUUAAAAAAUAAGUCAGAGAAAUAAGUCAUCAUGUCUGAGUCUCCAAGCAUUAGGAAUUAAGCUGAGAGGUUUGACUGAAGUAGCUUAUCCCAUAUUUAUCUCAUAUGGUAUUUCUCAUGCUUUUCUUUGAAGUGUUUGACACUGGAUACUGGAAUGAGAGCUCUAGCAAAGCAUUUGAUGCCUGGAACUCCUUUUAGAGACUCUUGAAUGAUCAUUGCUGCUUUCUGCUUAUGUUGCUGCUGCAGGUCUGCAGCCUUUCUUGUUGAUGGCAGAAGCAGUAAUUAGGGUUCUGGAAUAUUUGCUUCUCUCAUGCUGACUGUUAGAACUAUGACCAUAACUGACUGUAGGUAGACUAAUCUAGUAUUUCAAUUUUCCAUCAUUAACACUUUUUUUCCACAUAUUUCCUUGCCAAUAUUUGUCUAACUUUUUUUUAAGUGAAAUAACAAUUUACUGCUUGGUCCUGUUCUGUACAUGGUCUUACUGAGAACCAGUGAGUGUCAGUUGAAGUUAUUUGUGAGAGUGUCUUUUGUGAUAAUAUGAAGUCAGGCACCAGUGUGAUAAUUCAAUUGUUUUAACAAAGAUGUCCCAUGGUUAGCUUUAUUAAGCACAUCUCUUAGUUAAACACUAAAUGCUAACAAAGCAAUAAGGCUACAUUAUCUAUUAGAAGUUCUCUAAAUAAAGUUGGAUAUCAUUUGUAAAAAGCUUUAGUACAUGACUCAUGGGGUAUUCCAGUUAAAUGAAUAUGGAUCAUCUGAACAGCUCUGAACAAAAUCCAAUUUUCAGAAACUGACCAAUUUUCUAUGCAAUUUUUGCCACUAUUUAAGCUAUUUCUAAAAAUCUUCUUACCAGUUUCUAGGUCUACUUCCAUGCUGACUCACAGAAUUUCUGAUCUUCAGAUACUCCCUCCAUCCCCCUCCAGCCAGUUUUGAGAGUUCUCGCUAGAAAAUCUAGCAUCUCUUUUGAAUUAAAAAAAACAAAACAAAACACUACCUUGAGAAUUAGCUAAUGAUUCCUCCUGAAUUAGCUUGCAUCAUGUCCUUUAUGGACUUUACAAACAACUCUAUCUUUUUACUCUAGACAACCUUGAAGGUAACCUAAAAGAACAUCUAUCAAGGAAAAUUACACUGUAAUUGGUUAUAUGCCAGUAGGUUUGCAAAUUAUGAAUCCUGAGACUCUCUCUAUUACUUUAAUGGGAGUUUCAAGUGCCUAGAGGAUAUGGGUUUGAAUACCUUCUCUUUAUUAUUUUUUUCUAUUGGUUCAAUAUAAUUCCUAGUACCAAAAGAAUCUGAGUAGUAUCUUAAGAGCUAGAGAAGCAUUAAUAUAUUCUAUGAUUCAAGUGAAAGCUUAGUAUUACUGUAGUAUCUUUCCUAAAUAAGGUAAAUGCAGUAGAAGAACACGAUGACAGUGUUAAAGUUAAUGACCCACUGCAAUAGUAUUUAAAACAGAUUUAACACUAGCUUAAUCAUAUUAAUUGCCAUAUUAGACAAACUCAAGAACAAUGAAUACAUUGUCCCUGAAAGUCCUGAAGCAAUAUCUUGUUCAUUACCUUAAGAAUGCAGUGACAUUCAUGAUUUUCAGGUAACUGGAUUUUUGAGACUACUUUGUCCUGCUAUAUCAGCUAACUUUGAAUUACUAAUUGGAGCAGUCCUCAAAUUAUUAUUAUUAUUUUUGUAUUCUAUGAACUACUUUUAACAAUGCAGUCUGUCUCUCUCCUUACUACUGGCCAAAGAUUAUUACUGGUUUGAGUAGACCAAAAAAAAAAGAUGAGAAAUAUCUUUAUCGUGCUUACCUCUAUGCUGUCAUAGGGAAGAAAAGACAUGGUAGCACUGAAUUAAGUCAGAAUGCUAUAAAAUGAAGUCACAUCUUUGCAGACAGUGCUUAUCUGAUUUAGUUAACAAUAAUAAAAUAAAAAAUAUGUAAAACAGGAUAUUUACUAGGAGAGUGUGAAUCAGAUUCCCUGUAAUCUAACUACUAUCAUAGCCAUCAGAUAUUUAAAAUAGGGUCCUUGACAAAAGAAAAGAAGAAAUAACUGAAAUAAGAUUUUUUUUUUCCAUGAUACAGUGAACAUAGUCAGAUUGAAAUGUCCUAUUUUCAUUUAAAAGGGCCUGUCUAAAUUAAAGGGCCCAUCCACUAAUGAAGUACAUAAUGUAAUUAACCAGCUGACUUCUGAGAAUAAAGAUGAUACUGAAACCUUCUAAUUAGCUUAAGGUUUGCUUGGAAAAUAAAUAUAUAACCUUAUUUUACUUCCUCUGCUGUUCAGUUGAUUUGCUGCAUUAGAUGGAACUGCUAGAUAUAUAAAUAUAAAAUCUAGUUUUGGUCAGAUCUGAUUGUACCAUUUGUAAUAAGUCAUAGAAAAAAACAAUACUGUAUCUUUCAAGUUCUAGCUUAUUUUUCUUCUUUCAUAAAAACAUUCAAGACUAUGUAUUGGACUAUCUACAGGUUGGUUGAGCAACAAAGAUGAGAAGUUUUUUGGUUACGUCCAAGGUCAUAAAACUGAA